AUGCGGCGCUGGCGGGGCGCGGGGCUGGCGGCGCUGGCCGCGGUGCUGCUCGUGGCUGCAGGCAGAGCCCAGGUGCAGCAGGAGCCGUUGGCACAAACCCCCGAGGGCACGGAAAUCACCAUCAACUGCUCACACCCGACCAUACGGACUGGUGACUAUAUCCACUGGUACCGUCAGCUCCGGGGCCGAGGCCCCCAACUGCUCGCACUUAUUGUUCAAGGCUCCAAAGAUCUACCGGACAAGGCGGGACAGGUGUCGGUGUCGCCAGACCGUCGCUGGAGCACCCUCUGUCUCUCCGGGCCCCGUGUUGGGGACGCGGCGGUGUAUUACUGCGCCGUGGCAGACACGGCCAGAGGAGCCGGGGCUGCGGCCGGGCACGAACCGCCGCGGGCGGGGCCGGGCGGGGCCGGGGGCACAGCGCCGGCCGGGGCCAGCAGGGGCCGCUCCUGCACCUCCAAGAUUUCUUUCUCAAACCAUGUCCCGCCUUCCUGGGCCCCCUUGUUUCAAAGGGCUGCUUUCCAAGGGGCUUUCCGAAUCGGUGUCCUCAACAGGCCCAAGUCCAACCUCCAGAAGUCGAGGGUACAGGUUUGGUUGAUGCUCCUCCUUACUUCACCAAGUGUGGAAAACUCUAACAUUUCAUGGUCGCUGUGCUCCAGAUGGCCUUUGAUCAGCACAUCUCUCACCAACCCUCUUCUGUUUGCAAAUAGCAGGUCUGGGUGCUGUAUAAACUCCCUGACGAUCAAAAAUAUUAAAAUUCCACCAAUGGCACUGUUCUUUAUGCCAGAGCAGAUGCAGGCAAUCAUACAUAAGACUGUAGUGGCUGCCAAGAGAAGGUUUCACCAGUCACAAGGGAUGAGAUGUACAUGUUACAGCAUCCUCUCCCCCAGACUGGCAGCCAACUCCUCAGCACAAACCCUCUUUGUGGAGGGAAUGAUAGAGCGGCUUCAGUGGGCACCUCUGAAGUGCCUCUUGCCUGUAGUGACCUUUGGUGAGAUCAUUGCCAGGGAGCUCUGCUGGGAGAGCUCAGCCAGGCCAGAUUCCCCCUCCAUGGAGAUGCUCUCGGACUGA